UUUAAUUAAUACCGUUUCUGGUCCGGCCUCUUUCUUUCCGUGCCGGUAGCGCUCACGCAGAAAUGGUGAACGUUCCUAAAACCCGCCGGACUUUCUGUAAGAAGUGUGGCAAGCACCAACCCCACAAAGUGACACAGUACAAGAAGGGCAAGGAUUCUCUGUAUGCCCAGGGAAAGCGGCGUUAUGACAGGAAGCAGAGUGGCUAUGGUGGGCAAACUAAGCCGAUUUUCCGGAAAAAGGCUAAAACUACAAAGAAGAUUGUGCUGAGGCUGGAGUGCGUUGAGCCCAACUGCAGAUCUAAGAGAAUGCGGGCUAUUAAAAGAUGCAAGCAUUUUGAAUUGGGAGAAGAUAAGAAGAGAAAGGGCCAAGUGAUCCAGUUCUAAGUGUCAUCUUUUAUGAAGACAAUAAAAUCUUGAGUUUAUGUUCAAAAAAAAAAAA